AUGAUACUGAGGUGUUGGCUGUAUGAUACUGGGGAUGUUGGCUGUAUGAUACUGAGUGUCGGCUGUACUGGCGAUCGCAAUGUGCUGAACCAAGCGAGCGUUCCCAUACUGCACAACUACUGGUGCUCACGUCAGGACUGGUAUGGGAACAAGUUCUUCUGGAAGGUGACAUUCUGUGCCGGAUUCAAGAGCGGGACAAGAGAUGCUUGCACGGGCGAUAGUGGUGGACCUCUUGCCUGUAAAGCUAAGAACGGGAGAUGGUAUGUUCAAGGAGUGACAAGUUGGGGUUUUGACUGUGGACAGGAAAACUGGCCCGGAAUCUACACAGACGUGUCUGUCUACGCUGCCUGGAUCCGCCACACUGCUUUAUCUCUCGGGAUACCAAUAUUAAACGAUGAUUCAUUAUAA